AUUCACAAGUGUUUCAGCGUACAUAUCUCAAAGUACACAAUCAUUUCAGACUAUAUUUGCAUGUAUAAAUGUACAUUUAUAUAAAUGAACUAUAACGUCAUCACGAAGUUCUUCUGAAGACAUUUACAAUGAAGUUCAUCAUAAUACUACUGAUUAUGUUACAUAUAUUAUCAUAUAAUGUCCAUUCAAAUAGAACAUUGAAAUUUAAUGAAUUAUGGAAGAAAUGGAAAUCUCUAUAUGCUAAACAAUAUAAUGAUCCAAAUGAAGAAUUGAUUCGACAAAGAAUUUGGAAUAAGAAUCUAAUCAAAAUUCAAUUGCAUAAUUUACGUUAUGAUUUAGGCUUUGAAACAUAUUCUAUUGGUUUAAGUCGAUUUACCGAUAUUGAAUGGAAUGAAUUUUGUUCAAUGUAUAAAUUUGACAAGAGAUUAAUCAUUCCUGAAUCAUCUUUUAUUGAAGAAGAUUAUGAUGUGAAUAAUAUUGGUUGGACACCGGAUUCAUAUGAUUGGCGUCAUUUGAAUGUUGUGAAUGAACCAAGAGAUGAAGGAUCAUGCAUUGGUUCUUAUGCAUUUGCUGUAACAGCUGUAACUGAAUCUCAAUAUGCUUUACGUACAUCCAAUCGAAAAAACUUUUCUGUACAACAGUUUAUUGAUUGUACACGUAUAUAUGGUAAUAUGGGAUGUCAUGGUGGCUACACAUUUACAUUGUUUAUUUAUUUACAAAAUUUUGGAUUAGAAACAGAAGAGAAUUAUCCUUUUACGGGUGAGGAUCAAGAUUGUCUAGCAAAUAGUUCCGAUGUGAUUGUUCAAUCGAUUGGUUAUAAAUUUCAUCGACAUGGUUAUGAAACAAUUUUGAAAUGGGCAGUGUACAAUGAAGGUCCAUAUGUAAUUUCAAUGAAUAUUGAUGAAAAGUUUUUACAUUAUAAGUCAGGAAUAUAUCAAUCUGAUACAUGUACACAUUAUAAUUUAAAUCAAAGUAUGUUACUUGUUGGUUACGGUUAUGAUAAUGAUGGUAACGAUUACUGGAUAUUACAAAAUAAUUGGGGGACAAAUUGGGGUGAACAAGGUUACGUGAAAGUACUUCGUAACAAUUGGAAUAUGUGUGGAAUUGCUUCAAUGGCAUUUCGACCAAUAUUACGAGGUUUUUAACUGUCCCGUACAUUUUAACAUUUCAAUUUAUGUUACUUUGAUGACUAAUUAAGUAGUCAAAACUUUCAACAAAUAUUUUGAACUAUAAAUUAUAAAACCACUGAAACAUGUUCAUUGAUUUAAUAUUUCCUCAACUACUUAACAGGAACAACAAGAGUAUGAUGUUGACGAUGCAUUUAAAAUAGCUGAAAGCUUUUAUUGUUAACUACCAUUUGAGGCCAUCAGGGUAAAUGUUCUUAAGUUGGUAAUAUUGUAGUCUUUCUUAAUAAAUUUUGCUUGUAGGAGUUUGUAUUUUACCGUUGUCAGUGUUAAGGACUGUAG